CUCGAAAAAGCUCCGAAGUCUCCCUAUUUUCUCAUCUCUCUUUGUAAAAUGUAGAGUAUUCUUCUUCUUCUUCUAACUUCGUCUUGGAAGAGAGAGAGAGAGAGAGAGAGAGAGAGAGAGAGAGAGAGAGAAUUGAAAAAUGGAAAACAUGAGAGGCUAUUUUACUUUGGACAAGCUACCGUUGGGAUUUAGAUUCCAACCAACGGAUGAAGAGCUGAUCAAUCACUACCUCAAAGGGAAGAUCAACGGUGUUACUUUCGACGUCGAUGUCAUUCCUGAAAUCGAUGUUUGCAAAUGCGAGCCUGAGGAUUUGCCCGGUAAAUCAUAUAUUAAAACAGCUGAUCCAGAGUGGUUCUUUUUCUCUCGCCGGGAUCCAAUAAGUGUUAAACGUUCUAGAAGGGCAACAAAAACCGGGUACUGGAAACCAACAGGCGAGGAUCGCAAGAUCAAGUCCAAAACGUCCGGGAUGAAAUUGAUUGGGAUGAAGAAAACACUUGUUUUCCAUAGAGGGCGUGCUCCAGGAGCUAAGGGGACUAGUUGGACUAUUCACGAGUAUCGGGUGACUGAAGAUGGGGUGGAUGGCAUGGCAUAUGGGCAGGCUGCCUUUGUUCUCUGUCGCCUAUUCAAAAAGCAUGAUAAGACGAACAGAAGGUCAAACCGCAAUGACAAGGAGCAGAGUGACUUCUUCCCUAUCACAGACAAUUCAUCUCCCGACCAAACACAGCAUGCUGGAGAUGCUGUAGAGCAGAUCCAGAUGCCACUAAAUCGAGGAAACCGAGCAUCUGAUGUGCAAGAAGACCAGCAUCCGUUGCAUUGGACUGUUGAAGAUGAACUGGUAGAUUCUGAGAUUUGGCCGUUUGAUGAAGCAGACCAUGGGAUGACGUGUCGUCCUGUAUUAGAAGAGAGUCAACAGAUCCUGGUGGAUAAACCGCCCGAAGCUUUGGGAACAUCCCAUCUGGACACGUCAGUGGAUGACUACAUAUCGCCUGAUGAUUUCCUCGUCUAUUAUCAAGAUGGAGAGACACAACAGGGGGGUCUGUUUGAGGAUGCUGUAACUGGAAAGGAUGAUCUUCAGGAAUGGUUGGCAACUUUAUCAGAUAAUCCUGAAGAAGAUUCCAUCAUAGACCAAACCAAUCAGAAAAAUUGGUUUGCUGAGGCUGGCAUCAACUACGGCAGUGAAGCUUCUGUGAAUAUGUUUAGGGUUAUUCAUGAUCCAUAUGAAUCUGGUAGGCCCUCUGGUUGGAUUAAUUCCUUGGUAAGGAAUGAUCCAUGUCAAGCAGAUCUAGGCAUGAGUAGUGAGGAUUCUCAGAACAGCUUCAGAAUGCGACCUGCGCAGGGACAGAAACCAGCACCAUUCAUUGGCUUUUUGCAGGAACCAGUGAAUCGCACAGUGACUAAAGGUGACGGGAUCGAAUAUUCUUUUAGGAAUAUGGCCCCACCUCAGAAUGACAAUGCUGGGCCAUAUGUUUCGUCUGUGCAUGAUGGGUUCAGGAACAUUAAAGAACCAUCCAGCCAGAGAAGCUCAGAUAACAGCCAAGCUGGUCCCACUGGGAGUGGAAUAGUAAGGCCUCAGAAGCUGCAUUCUGUGGUGAACUCGCACAAACUUGCAUCACAGGGUGAAGCCCGAAGAAGGAUCCGUUUACAGGUGAAAAUUCAUGGGGGAUUGGUGUCUGGAAAAGCAAAUGAAUCAGUGCUUAAUACAAAAGGAAACGAGAUUAAUCCAACAAUAUCUAAGCCAAGAAGAAAUUUUCAAGAUACUGUCACCAAAGGAAAAGGAGUAGUGGGGCCCAUUUGUUUGAAUAAGCUUGGAAACUUCCGUCAUCAGGUGAGAGCAUUUUCUACUUCAAAGCUCCACAGGCACACAGGUGGGCACACAGGUGGAGCAGCUCAUCAUCUUGCCGAUGAGUUUGCAAGGAAAGUCUCCCUUCUCAAUGCCGAAAGUAGUAGGGAAACUACUCAUGCCAAUAAAAUCUGCAAACCCAAUAAAGCGGCUGGUCAAACUGGUCAGAGACAAUCAGAGGCUAAUCAAGCUAGUCUUCUGGAGAUUAAACGUGAAGAUCAAAGUCAGGGCGAAUCUGUAAGAAAAGUAUGGAUGCCUAGGGUGGGAAAUGAGUCUGAGAAGACGUGGGAAACUGGAAAGCAAAAAGUUGACCGUGGUCCACUGCUGAUCAGACUUGAUCAAGGGCUGGUCAAAGCUCAUCAAAGGGUUGGAAUGAAGCUUAAUACGAUCUUGGAAAAGCACAAAGGGCACAGGCACUGCUUCAGAAAAGUUAAGAUCAAGAAAGAGUGGUGACCUACUGUAGGUAUUAACUUUCCACUUGGUUGUAUAUGUUAUGGAAGAUCUAUAGCUCAUUUCGGAUGUCUAUUCAAGAACAAUGACAGUAUUUCAUCGUCUUUUGUGAGAUUUCAUCGUACUUAGCUGGUCACAAAAGUAGCAUGGAUUUGUAAGAUAUCUAUGAGUAGUUAAUCAGGAAACGACAGAUGGUUAGGGACAUCUCAGUCUUUCAACUUAUAUUAGUAGAGUUUGAUUUCAGAUCUAAUGGUUGAGACUAGCUGUAAAGCUUUGGUACUUGUAUAAAAGUUAAUUUU